AUGUCAUCAGAUGUGGUCGAUUGGCUCAAUUUUUAUUGGCGACAAAUUGGUGGGUGCGACGACAAGGACGACGACGAAUUAACGGACGCCGAAGAUGACUAUGCACAGGAUGCAGGCAACGAUCUCAUCUACAGUCCCGCUGUUGAAGACCAGUACUACGAAGCUGCAGAGGCUCCCUCGUCAGUCGUAGAAGAGGGUAAUGCGGCUGCUGAAGACGAGGAAGGCCGUGAAUCGGUGGCAGUGCACGGGGACGGUGGAGAAGAGGGAGUACCGGAAGCAGGUGCAGAUGAAGCGGACGAUGAGGAGACGGAGUCGGAAUAUGGCGACCCGAUAGAGAACGAAGGAGAACGGCAGGUAGACGAAGGAGAUGGUGAAGAGGAGGAGACCGAGUUCAUGGACGCAACCGAGGGAGACGAUGACGGUGACAGUUCAGAUGUCGAGGACGAUGAAGAGACGGACACCGAUUUUAGCGACGCCAGCGACGAAGACAUGGAGGACGGGGAAAGCGAUGAGGAGGGUCAGGGGGGUGAGAGUUCACGCCACAACGGAGCUUCCGAGGGUGUAGGUGCAGAGCAGUCAAACACCACUCGACCGUCUCGAGGCCAACGAUCAUCUGCAGGGGACCAGCAACCCUCUCAAGGCCAACGGUCUGCUCGACGUCGACGACGCUGGCGGGGCCGACGAUCUGCGCAGAGACAACCACCUUGGCACGGCCAAGACGAUCAGAAUUCAAGCCACACUCGGCGUCCCCUAUUUAACGAAGACACCGGUUUCCUUGGGAGCGAUCCACCGCAGAGCGACGCCGAGAAAGCUCACAGGAAAAUGCUCGCUGCCGUGCAUAUCGACGGAAAAGCCGCACACACCAGAGCACAGUACGCCUGCAACUGGCGCCAUUACAAGCGUUGGGUUAUUGUAAUGAUGAUGACUCUGCUGGCAGACGUGAUUCCAGAGUCCGAGAAAUUUCACCCCGAUAACCCAGACGAAGUAGGCAGGUAUAUGGGCGACGACUUGAAACUCUCGUGGGACACGGUGGACGACUACGAGCAGCAUCUGCACGGACCCCGUGUUACCGGGUGGAGGAUUAUCCGCUACCUAGAGUACUUGUUCAAUGAAACACCUGCACAAGAGAUUGCCCUCAAGGGAGAUGCCCCUGUCGUUGCAGGGAGGCAGCCCAUUCCCAGCACACCAAAGAUGAUUAAGGCGAGAAUGAACGCUAUCGGCUGCCUCGGCAAAUGCGAGUCUGCGCUGUACGACUACCCCCUUUCCCAGAUGCAAGACAAAGUCGCGCAGGGCAGAGCUUUUAUGAGAGUGAAGCUGGUCAACCUCAACGAGGAGCAGAUUCGAACCGGCGCGGAUCAGCACCGUGGGUCUCUCGACGAUUGCUACAACGUGGAUCAGUACAAGGAGCUGCAUCACAACAUUCUUCCAGAAGAGACUUUUAAGAUCUACGCGUGGAGCAAGGGUUUUCCAUCGCAGGCGCUGUGGAGGGUUCUCGCCGUGAAGGUCAUGAUUCAGCUGGCGCACCAGGUUCUGGGAAGGGGGGUCUCCAUUCGGAAAAUCCGAUUCGCCAACAUGUUCAUCCGCAUGUGCCGGAGCAGCACCCGCGUAAAAGGGAAGAUGGACCUUCCUGUUCUCGUCAUCGCCUCGAGGAAAACAAAGACCAACCUUUCCAAUAACCUGACACAUCAGUAUCUGGCGAGGCACAUCGACUGGCAGCUCUGCGUCGUUGGCGGGGUUUUCUUGUGGAUUCAUUGGCUCUACGAUCUCGUCCCGAUUAGAUACAGCACUGGAGUUGCACCUCGUCUCAACUUUCGGAAGCCGCGUAAGUGGACCAAGAAGCACCUGUUCUUUGGCAUCAGGAAGCCGAAUGACCCUGGUCCGCAGCCGCAAGACGAGAUGAAGUACGAGACUCACAACAACUGGAUCCGCUGGGUCAUGACACAGGCAAAGUGGAUGUUCAGCAAGGUGACCCACAUUUUCCGACGAUCGGGGGCGCAGGGGCUGAGCGACGACCGUUGCGCCGAUGCAGACAUUGGCGCUCUGGGUGGGUGGGAGCAGGGAGAGAUGCGGAAGGCGUACAUUAUUGGAAUUCCUUUUCAUCCGAUGCUUAUGAUGGCUGGAUUCACCGGAACUCCGGGGGAUUACUACAUCGGCAGAGCACACGCUGUUCUCCCAGUCAAAAAGGAGUGGAAAAAGCUGAAGAAGCUUUUCAGAAAGCACAUCUUCCCCUGGGCCGAGAAGCAGUUGAAAAAGAACGCUAUUUACCGUAUCGAGGGAGAGCACGAGAAAGUGAAGCUCCUCGCAGAGAACCAUUGCUUGCGGAAGCAGAAUGGGCUGAAGGACGUCCUCACCGCCGAGCUUCAGGCCGAAAAUCGUGCGUUGAAGAGCGACAAAAAGAGUCUCCUGGAGCAGCUGGCGCAGCUCAAGGCCGAGUUGGCCGCUCUCACGGUUUCCUCGGCGGGCAACGUUGGCGCCGACAACUCUGCCGCAAGAGCUGCGGGCUCCUCGAAGAUGGAGAAAGGUGGAGCUGGCCCUUCGACCCCAGAGCCAGCUGCACCUACACCUGAGAUUGUCUACUUCGACAGUGUAGUGAGGCCGUGGCGCGACAGCACCACAGUGGCAGACGCAUGGUCGUUGUGGAACAAGGCUAGCUUCCUUGUGGAAGGCCGAACACUGCGUGCUGUUGCAGAGGAUCCAGGCUUCAUCGUUAGAUGGGCACAUUUCAAGAGGGGAGAGGAAAGCAAGGAAGAGAAAGGCAAGUUCAAACCCACCGUGCACCUGGAUGCCAAGGAUGGCACUUGUGAAAGGCAGCUGCGUCGCAUCCACAAGGCUAUGUUAGCGGUGGAAAAGUUCAGGGUGGACGACUCUGUGGAGGCGACGACCAAUGCCGUGAACGUGCUCGAUGAGGUGCUGUUCCAGACAUCUCCCUCGGUUUUCGCAGAUGGGCUAAUCGUUAAGGAGAAGAGGGGCACGAAGAGGCAGCGCACAUCGACGGUUGGGGGGAAAAGCCUCACGGACGAUGCGCAAGAGAGGGUUUCGUACCUUCUCGUGCUGAAUGGUCUGCGCGACGACACGUGGGGGGAAGAACUCUUCGGCAAAGCCCAGUGGAUGACGAUCAAGGACGAAGAGUCUCAAAAGCCUUUGAAGAAAAGGCCUGGCGCGUGA